CUGAUAUUGUGAAACAUGAUUUGCCUUUGUGUCCUGCCCCCGACCCCCCGUCCUUAAUCUCUGUUUUUUUCUUCUUUUUGCAUUUUACAGUCGUGUUGAUACAGGUCUACUGAAAAGAGCAGUAGGCUCAUUGUUCUAUCUCUUUUCUACAGCAAUACAACAAGAACCACCAUCUAUCAGUCUAUUAAAGCGUCUUAUGUCAUCAAUGAUCCCGAUCUAUCGUACUGCAUUAUCAUGUGCUGUUAAAGUUGGUAUCAUUGAUUCUGGUGUAGCAAUUGGCAGUGGAAUUGGAAUCACUGCCAAUUCAACAGCUGAUAUCGCCUUGGAAACAUUUCGCAGCUUAGCUGGACUUAAAGAUGAACUUGUCCGGUUAAUGUUACCAAUGGAAGUAUCAGGAACAUCAGUUUUUGGUCAAUAUCAUCCUUCAAUCUUGCAUAAUGAUGUUAUACGAAUUCAAGCAAUUAGCCUAAUUGAAAGUGUAAUCAUUUUACACUCUCGUCGACUACCCAACUCUGAAAUCCCACGUGCCAAUGAAGGUGAUAUAUCCUUAGAUCAGAUACCAGCGCUUACAAAUACCCAGUUACAGUCUAUCCUAGAGGCGAGUACAGCCGCAUCAUCAGCUACUCUUCUUCCCGGUGUCUGCUUAGUUAGACCGCAUCGAUUGGCAGAGGAAGCUGAACGUUUAUUUGCAGGUUUAUCAAGUUGGCCAGUGCGUGGAAAGCCUAGUGUUACUGCAGGAUCAGUUACUUGUCCAGUAGUUGAAGCAGUAAUGGAUUCAUUAGUGAAUAUUGCAAAACAAAGACCACAAUUUAUGGAUCGUGUUGUACAAGCAUUUGAAACAGUUCAUGUAACUUUACCGCCUCAUUUCUCGGAUAAUCAAGUUAGUUCUGUAAGAAAAAAGUUAAAAAAUGGUCUACUACAGUUACUACGACAUCCAGCAGCUGUAUCUGAUUUCCAAGGCCGAAUCACUAUAUUACUAACUGAUCUUGGUGCUACUCAAGCAGAAGUAUUACAAGCAUUGCAAAGUCAUACAGAAUUAUCACGUUCACGUCUUUAUCCAGAUCCAAGUACAUUUAUGGUUAGUCGUACAGGACCAGUUUCUUUAGAUCAUGGUGAUGUCGAUAUGCGACAGCAGCAGCAGCAGCAACAGCAACAACAACAACAAAAACAGCAACUUCUUCACCAACAAUCAAUACCUCCGGUUACACAAGCUUCUUCAUCCACUGUUGUUUCUACAACCAGUCAUUCAAGUAAUAUACCGCCAACUGAUAUGAAACUAUCCUUCAGUAGUAGUCAGUCACAAGGCACUUCAUCAACAACAGCAGCAACAACAACGACACCAUCAGCAACUGCAGUAACCACUUAUACAGAUUCUACACUCACAGAUUCUACCAAGUUACAAACAGAAUCAACAUCAAGUCAAAAGGAUGCACCGACAACUUCUGGUGGAUUUACAUUAGCUGAGGCAGAAGCAGCUCUUCGAUUCGAUGAUGAUGAUGAUGACGAUGAAGAUGAUGAUGACAUUCAGAUACCUCGUACAUCUAGACGUCUAAAGAAGAAGAAGAGACGGUCAUCCACUACUACUACUACUAAUAAUAAUACAGGUAAUCUAACACCUAGUGGUAGUGGAAAUAAAUUAACAACUUCAAAAACUGGAUCUACAGAUGUUAAAAGUCAAGUGCCAGAAGUUGAUAUGAUCACAUCAAGAAUAGUGCCUAAACUGACAACAGCUAAUGUCGCCGAUUUAGUUUUACUCAGUAUGGUCACUUUACCAGAUCAAAUGCCUGCAUCAUUUCAGUCGACGUAUACACCGAUAGCAGCCGCUGGAACAUCAGCACAAAUACGUCAUUUAGCCCGUAUGCUUGCUGUCCAAUUGAGUGUAUGGGCUUGUGAAGGUGGACAAUAUGAAGUAGCUGAUCGGAUAAAUCAAUUGGAGACAUUGUUAAUUCCUGUUGACGAUGCAGAUGGUGAUCGUGAUGAUAGUCAAAGUAUGCGUAAACGGAAUUUCAAAAGUGAACCACGUACCUCUGAACAAGGCAGUGAUAUACAAAAAGAAUCAAUGAAAUCUAAAAAACGACGUUUGCAUAUGUUAGGUGAUCAGACAUCGGCUGAAAAUGAUCCAGAGGCAGAGGAUGCUGUAAUUCGUGCUAAUGCUGCACGUAAAAUGAACACUGCACAAACCAUGAAUAUCUCCACCCUCGUUGGAUACGGUACACAACAACAACAAAUGAUCAAUGAAUCUUUAGAUAUGAAGAUGCUUCCACCUGGUGGUGUACCUGGUAUGAUGCCAAUGUUCACUGGUCAGAAUACUAUGUCGUUACCGCCUACAAUGCCACCAAAUAUGCUAAUGCCUGGCUUUAAUCCCUCUCAACCUCCACCACCAUUAAUGCCUAUGAUGAUGCCACCGGGUAUGAUGCCGCCACCACAAACACCGUCACAAGCAGCAGCAGUGGCCUCACUACAGCAACAACAACAGGCAACAGUAAUGCCAGGUCAAGCAACACUUGGCAAUGUGUCCUUUAAUCAGUAUACCAGUUCAACUAUACCUAUGCCUCAGGCGGAUUCAAUCGUCCCUUCAUCUGUCCGACCAUUUUCACUUGACGCUGUAACUGCCUUUCUCAGUCGUGAUGUUCAACGUCAGCUGGCUCGUGAUGCAUUCAUGCGUAUUAUAGAGGGUUUAGAGACACCAUACACACGUCAUCAAUCACUUCAUGAUGGAACAAUUGUUCCUACACCAGCUGGAACCGAUUUAAUUACUGGUCAAUAUGAUGUCAAUAGAAUGAAGAUAUUAACACGGCUUACAACACGUCGUUUCGGUGGAAAUGAAUUCUAUAAUAUACUAAUCGAUCAUGCUAUUAAAAAUCUUCGCUACGGUUUCGAAUUAUUAUCAAAAUUACUAAUGCAAGAGUAUUGUCGUUUCCGUGGUUUCCAGUUAAGUGGUUUCAGUCCAUUUUUGGAUGCACGUCGACAUCAGCUAUCUGUGUUAAGAGAACAAAUACGUAAACGAUUGGAAUCAUCUAUAGAAAAUGAUUGUAAUAAUAAUAAUAGUAAUAAUUCAAGUGAGAAAUUAUCCAAAGCCGAUGAUAAUGAUAAAAGCAUGCUGUCAGAGACGAACGAUGAUACUGCCAACACAGACGCCAGUGAUAAUCAUGAGAAGACUAUUGAAGGGGAUACUAGCCGCCAAGAUAUGCCUACAGAUGAAAUCUCUCAUGAAGAUGAAAAGCACAAGAAGAAGAGUAAUCACAAUAAUAAUAGGAAGAGGAAAACCUCAGAUGACAGUUCAAUGAAACCAAAAUGCACAGAUGAUGACGAACCUGUCAGAGAAGAGGAGAACGACGAAGACGAUGCUGUGGCGAACACAGCAGAUGGCGAUGAAGAGCCAAAAUCAUCGGUACCCAAUUCUUCUCCUUCCUCUUCGUCUUCUGCUUCUUUGAAAGAUACUGCUAGAAGACAAUCAAAAAGAUCGAAGAAGGAGGUUUCAGGAGAUAUGAAACCGUCUAGUAAGGAUAAAUUAAGUAUCCUGAAGACACCAGUAGCUCCUCCGGAUGACUUAGGUUGUCUAUCAUUUUAUGAUUGUUUAUUGAUCACAAUUCUGCAGAAAUUAUCGAAUCCAGAAAUACGUCAGCAUUAUUUUGGUAGAUUUUUAAUGGAAGCACCUUUAAUAACCCCUGGAGCAAUAAAUGAAUUAAGACGAUAUUGUUCAUCACCGGAACAAGCAACUUAUGGCUUUGAGAUUCUCCGUACACUCAUUGAAACACGUCCAAUCACUCAAAGAGAGGAUCUACUGAAUAUGCUACUACAUUUUUGUUCUGUUGAUGGACUAGAAGUACGUAAAGCAGCAUUGACAGCUACAAGAGAAUUAGCUAACUCUGAUUCUCGUUGGCAAGAACAUAUAGAGAUGUUCGCUGUACAAAUGCUGAAAAAAUUGUUACAACCACGUCCAACUGCAGACAUAUUCCCUUUUCUUAAUCAUGCUUCAAUACCGUCUACAUGGACAGAUGAAGCGUGUCAAGCAUGUGCACAUUUAUUUCUUGGUUUGAUGCCACAAAGUCCAUCACUUAUGCAUAAGUUAGCUGAAGUAUAUACUCAGGCUAGUCCAAAUAUUAAACGAUGUCUACUGAGAAUGGUGGAUUCUCCAAUUCGAGAUAUUGGUAUUUAUUCAGUAGAUUUACAAAAUCUAGUCGAUGAAUGUCCAAAUGGUGCUGAAACUCUGAUCACACGUAUGAUACACAUUUUGACUGAUUCACCAUCAGCUGUUUCAGCUGCCAGCAAUGCACACACUGCCACAAAUUCAUCAUCUGUUACUGCAAGUACACCGGCUAAAACACACGCCUUACCUCAUAGUCCUCCUCCUGCUCAGACAUCAUCAUUAUCAGCUGGGACGCCGUCAACAACGUCAACUGUUGUCGGACCAGGUGUUAUUGUCCCACCACCAUCGUUAGUCAGUCGUGUCUAUCGUCUGUAUGAAGAAAAAGUACACGAUGUACGUUGUCUUAUUCCUGUUAUUGUUGGUUUAACUAAACAACAAGUCAUAGCUGCUUUACCGAAAUUAGUACAGUUGAAUGAAAAGGUUGUUAAAGAAGUAUUACACCGUUUACUUCAUGCUAGUGUAUCUACUCAAUAUGCUCCAGUAAUUAAAAAUGUUAAAAAUAUUCCCUUUGAUCCAACUGGUAAAUCUCCCCCACCUGGUCCAUUGAAACCUGAAGAAUUGCUAGUCGCCGUGCAUUUAUUAGAAUUUGCUAGAGAUCCUACAGCCCAACCAUUGAAUGAAGGAAAACCAACAAAACCCUAUGUAAAUCUUCAAUCUAUCCUCCAUGCAUGUCGUGUUUGUUUCUCGGAACGUCGUUUAUUUACUCAGGAACGUUUAUCAGUUGCAAUUGGACAGCUAUUAGAACAACCUGUACUACCUACUCUGUUUAUGCGUACUGUAAUGCAAGCGUUAGCUUUACAUCCAAGAUUAACUGGUUAUGUGAUCAAUGUGUUGGUUCGAUUAAUACGUAAACAGGUAUGGAAAAGUGAAAAACUAUGGGAUGGUUUUAUCCGUUGCUGUGUGAAAACUAGACCACAAAGUUAUCAAGUCCUGUUACAAUUACCACCGGAUCGAUUAGAAGCUGUAUUCCGAUGGGAACCAGCUAUGCGUGCUCAAGUGAGACGUUAUGUAGAGAAUUUCUCUUCAGCUCAGCGUAUUCAUAUUUCAAAAGCAAUUGUUGAAGUUCUAGAACAUGUACCUACACCACCUCGUGUACCGACACCUGAAGAUCAAUCAAAACCGGAUGACGUUGUUGCCGUUGGUGGUGGUGAUGCUGAUGGUGAUGGUAACGGUGACGGUGACGGUAAUACUACAGAAGUUAAAGAACCAAACACCACCACUCAAUCUGGAAACAACAGUCCAACAUCAUCAGGUCCAGGUACACCUACACGUGAUGAAAUGUCACACUAUGACGCCGCACCAUCAUUUAUCCCGGCUGGAAUGUUCAAUCAACCAGCUACUAAUAUCCCUGUGAUGAAUAUAGACACUGUUACAUCUAGUGAAAUCGAUAAUCAAUAUCAUCAAAUCCCUUCAUUAUUGACUGGAUCAAAAACUGUUAUACAACAAGUCGCUGGAUCAUACAAUCCACCGUCGUCUAGUCAAUCGAAUCUGCUUAAAACAACAACAACAACAGCCGCCACCAACAUCACAACGACACCACUGACAACUUUGUCUGAUAUACCUAGUGUUGUCGCAGGCGACGAUACAGAAGUAGAUCCAACUGUAGAGGAAUUAUUCGAAGCUGAUUAUCAAUGCCAGUCAUCCUCAGCACAGCAAUCACAACCACCAAUAGGAGAAGGAUCAGUUCCACCACUGGUCGAUGAAUAUGAUAUGAAUAUGAUGAAUCAUUCACCGCCUCAAAUCACAAUGGAUAUAUCACAUCAAUUGAAGAAGAAUAUGAAGUCGAAACCAGCUUUAGUUCUACAAGAAAUGGACAAUGAUCAAUUGGAUUUUGAAGAAAAUUCUGAUCCAAUCAGUGAAUCGGAUGCAUCGAAUCCACAGAUUCAUCAACACUCCUACUAUUAUCGUCAUCAUCAUCAACAUCAUGAAGAACAACAAUUCGACAAGGAGUAUAAUGCUGGUGGUGAUGGUGACAUUGUCGACGAUUAUGGUGAUGCUUCCGCUGCUGCUGCCGAUGAUGAUGAUGGUGAACCUCCAAUACUCCCCGCAUCUCGUAUUGAUUCAUUGACCACUACCACUACUAGUAGCAGUGCUAGUUUAAAACGUUGGCGUGAAAUUGAAGAUACCGUUUCAAUGUUGAAUAAACAAAUAAUCGAUGAACGAAGUCAAGAUCUUUCACAGACUAAUCCAUCUUCAGGGAUUACUUCUACUGGUGGUGGUACUAUUAUAUCGAUUAGCAGAGGAAAACGUCCAGUCGAUGUAAAUAAAUUGGAAGCUGACAGGAAACGUUUAGAAGAAGAGGCAGUUAAAUAUAAACAAUUAAAGGCUGAGAGAAGACAGCAACACCGUAAACAUCAAAACCAACCUCAACAACAACAACAACACCAGCAAUCUUCAUCUGGUACACCUGGAUCAGAAUAAUAGUAACUAUCAAUCCUAUUCUCUUAUUGUCUUUAAUGUUAUUUGUUUUUUUAUACAAUCCUGACUUUUAUUCAAUUCUUCUCACAGUAUUAUUGUACACUUAUGCAAUCUUAAUGUCUACUGUUUGACAUAUGUGUAAAUGUGGACAUGUGUGUGUGUGUGUGCGUGCGCAUUAGUAUGUCUGUGCGUAUUUGUUUUUGGAUUUAUUGUAAUUGGUUCAAUAUCAAACUAAGUGUAAGUAUAUGCACAGACACACAAAAGCACACACAUACGCGCUAACUUUGUGUAUAUGUCUAGUUAAACAGAGCAGUUUGAUUGGUGCUCUGUUUAUCUGCCUGUCUGUCUAUCUACCUUUCUGGUAGUUGUGUCUGUGUAUAUAUGUCUUCCUUACAGAUGACAAUGAUAAUAUAUGGACAUCAGCGUUGUGUACAGUUUGUUAGUUUGAUUAUUAUUAUUAUUAUUAAUUGUGUAAUGGGG